GAAUGUAUCUUGGGAAAAAUUUCUGUAAGACAUGCUAGCAAGCAUAGGGAAGCAGUGGAGAAGUGGACUGGAAGAAUUUGUCCAAAAAUCAGGAAGAAGGUAGAGAAGAAUGCAGAUUUCAGUGCCAACUCUUUUCCAAGAGAAUCUGGCAAUGGUAUUUACCAUGUGCAAUCUGGCCCCAACUCAUAUAUAGUUGACAUCAUUGGUAGAAGCUGUGAUUGCAAGGCCUGGGGAUUAAGUGGGAUCCCUUGUCCACAUGCUAUAGCAGUUUGUAGGACUGAGAGGAUUGACCCUGAAGAGCUGGUGCACAAAUGUUACACCAUUGACACCUAUUUGAAAGCCUAUGGUCACAAAAUCAUGCCUCUUAGAGAUAGGGCCCACUGGGAGAAGCUCAAUGGUAUUGACAUCCACCCCCCUGUGUUUACUAAGGUCAUGGGAAGACCAGCCACAAAAAGGAGGAAAACUCCAGAAGAGAAGAAGAAGAAAGAUGGCACAAUUUAUCUCAAUAAGAAUGGGGUGACUAUGCACUGCUCAGUUUGUGGAAAAGGUGACCACAACAAAAGGGGUCAUGGUAAAUACAUUGAAAGGCAAAUGCAGGAGCCAGAAGUUGAAGUGGAUGAUGAAUUUGCAUGUCCAGAAAUUCUUCAGGAUAUAGUGACCCAGAACAACAACCAUAGGCUGGACCCAGUCAAUGAUAGGAGCAGCAUGGUGUACACAAUGGGAGAAGAGGAGAGGGCUCAUGUGACAAGGAUGGUGCCACCUGGACCUCUACCAGAGGAAUCAACUUUUGUAAUUGAUGCCAGGGAUUUGAUCCCCCAAAGAAGAACAAAUACAACUGCAACUAUUAGAGGAAGAACUACAAUGGCAAGCAGAGGCAAAAGAAGAGCAGCACAGGAAGUGGAACCAAAUGCAGGUGAGCCAGAAACAAGUGCAAUGAAACUUCACUAAACUUUACAAAAAUUAGAAACAAUAGUUAGUCCAUUUGCUGAAUUUACUACACUUUGCAAAUGAAGAGGAGGCAGGAACAAGUGCCAAUGCAGGAAGAGCAAAGAAAAAAACAAGAGGAGGUGGAAGAGCAAGAGCAAGAGGAGCUGCAGGUGGAAGGACUGGAGCAAGAGCAAGACCAAGAGCUGGAGCAGAAGCUGAAACUGGAGUUGGAGCAACUGCUGGAACUGGAGCUGGAGCACAAGCAGCAGCUGGAGCUGGAGCAGCUGCUGGAACUAGAGCUGGAGCACAAGCAGCAGCUGGAGCUGGAGCAGCUGCUGGAAGAGGAGCUGAAGGAGGGAGAAGAGUGGAAGAUUAUCCUCUGUGGCAGCUAAUGUUUGGACCAAUCCCAAACUUGAAUGAAGAGAUUCCACUG